AUGCCGUCCGUCUUCGAGCGCUACGCAUUGGGCCGCCGUCCGGCGGCGCAGGGCCGCGGCCGCGGCCGCUCGUCGCCGCCCAAGAAGCCCGGUAAGAAGAAGCCGCAGCCGGCGUGGAACGGCUACCUCACCGACUCGGCGCGCUACAAGCUGCCUCUGAAAGAGCAGGAACGGCGCAAAAACAACUACAACUUCUGCGGGCCCGUGCAGCCGAAGCUGUCUCCCAAAAAACAGUGGCACCGGAAGAAGCGCGUCGACGCGACGCCGGAGCGCCGGCCGCAGCCGCGCGCGUCGUCGGCGGCGACCGAGGUCGACGUGUUUGAUUUAUUGGCCGAGGGUGAUGCCGUCGUCGACGACGAGGCGCCGCCGACCGUCGAGCGCCGCGCGACGGUGCGCCGGCUCUUCGGGCCCAAACGAAAGGCAGUGAAGAAGAAGCCUGUUGCAAAGGAGGAUGCCAUUCUAGCAAUCCGCGUCGCGGACCUCGAGGAGCGCCUCGCGCGGUCUGAGGCGCGGGCCGCGCGCUUUGCGUCGCAGCUCGACGCCAUGAGCCAGACGGUCGACGCGCUCCAGGCGCGCGACCUCGCGCGCGCCGCGACGCGCACGCCGCCGCCGGCGCCGACCACGACGCCGCCGCCGCCCUCGACGCCGCCGCCGCCGCCCGUGGUGACGGCGCGGCGCUCGCUCGAGGCGCUCGAUCUGAAAAUCGGUAGAGACGGGUCCGUCGUGGACGACUUCCUCGCGGCGCGCGAGGCCACGGGCGUCUGCCCGGACUCGCCGGAGCCGCCGCGGGAGCCGCCCGCGCCGACGUCGGCGCCGCCGCCGCCGCCGCCGCUCGCCGAGGACGAGGCGCCCGCGCCGCCGCCGCGCCGCGUCAAGCUGAGCGGUUGGACGGCCGCCGCCCUCGACGCGGGCCCGCCGCCCGCGCCGGCGCGGCCCCGCGCGCCGUCCCUCCUGAGCGACGACGACGACGACCGCGUCAUGCCGAUCUGGUAG